AUGGAUUCUUUUGACCAACAUGUUGAUACCCUUUUGGCUGCACAGGAUGCUCAAAAGCGCAAGGGACGCAAGGCCACAGAAUUUUGGGAUGAUAAAACAAUUGAAUUCGAUGGCACAAUCAAACAGGUCAAACUGAGUGUGAAGGAAGCUAUGACACCACCUAACGGAAGAAAGGUCGUACUCAGGUUUAACAGUGCAUUGCAACCAGUUGGGGAUGAAACAGGUGUACUGAGCAGCGUUAUGGGACUGCUAAGAUCUGACUACACCAAAUUCCCAAUCUGCGAGAGGGACUGGAGAAAGGUUCGCUCCAGGGACAAGGAAAUGUUCCAUUUUGAAGAAGAUAAUAGAGAAAUUAUAAAAGGUAUAAUAUUCAAAAUGCUAGGAAGGGCUUGGAAGGAAACGAGGAACAGAUUAUACCAUCACUGCUAUGACCUAGAACUUUCACUUGCAGCAAAUAUUGAAAACCGCCCAAAUAAAAUUACUGCGGACCAUUGGAAAAGGUUUCUCGAUUAUCGCAACGGCGAAGAGAUACAGGAGAAGUGUAAGAAAAAUGCCGAGAAUCGAUCAAAGCAGCUUUACACCCACACCGGUGGAUUGAAAAGCUUGGCAAGGCUCGGAGAAGAAGAGUCAGAACGACAAGGGAGGAUAGUUAGUAGAGGAGAGUUGUAUCUCUUAACGCACAAAAAAACUGAUGGCUCCUAUAUCCAUGAUGCAGCUCGCGCUAUUGGAAAAAGAAUUGAGGCUAUUGAGCAAGGCGAUGAAUCUUCUAGACUGUUAUCCCAGAAUGAUUCGCUUGCUCAAGCUCUCGAAAAAGAGUGCUCGGGUAGGGUGCGUGGAAUGGGGUUGGGGCCAACUUCUAGUCAAGUCUUCGGUAUGAAUUCCCAUCAGCUGAGCAAUGGUUUUGAAAGGGAGGAGACCCAAAGGGUGCUGCUUGAACUACAAGCAAAGUUGGCAGCAGAGAAAUUGAAAAGGAAGGCAGUGGAGGAUGAAGUAGCAGCCGAGAAGACCAAAAGACAGGUAGUGGAGAAUGAAGUAGCAGCCGAGAAAACCAAAAGAUAG